AUGAAAUGGUAUAUACAAGGGUUGGUGUUUGGAUACCUCAGUGUCCCCCAAAGAACUGGGAGACUAGGUCGUGGUCUGGAGAUGGGAGACGGCCAUCAGGAGCACUCCACUCGCAACUGGGUUGCCUCUUGUGGCUCACUCGAUCGAGCUUGCUCUUGCUCGAUCGAGUUGUGCCUCGAGUUAGCCACUCUUCUUCCUAAAACCUGCUCCUGCAUUCAUUCUGAUUUCCUCCAACUCAAACAAGUUCAUUACCCUUCCUUCUCUUGUGCAGCCUUUAUAUCAAAGUUCAGCAUCUUUACUGCCCAUAAAGCCUUAUAUUCGACCUCCACAGGUAAGUGGCAGUCCUUUCCCAUACAGCAAAUUGAAAGGAGACCUUCCAAUGGGGGUUUUGUAAGCUGUUCUAUAAGCCCAAAGUGCUCAUCAAGCCUUGCUGCCCAGUCUUUCCUAGUGAAGCUCACAGUCUUCUCCAAUAUGGCCUUUGAUCUGUCUGUUGGAGACUUCAACUUGCCCACUGGUUUGAGGGUGAUAAGGUGUAGCGACCUUGUGCUUGACUCCAUAACUCUUCAUCAACUUCUCAAACACCUUGUUGAUGAAAUGGGAACCUCCAUCCGAAAUAACAACCCUUGGGAUGCCAUAUCUUGGAAAGAUGAUGGUUCUGAACAAUUUGAUAACAACCUUAGCAUCACAGGUUGGGCAGGGAAUGGCUUCAAUCCAUUUGGACACAUAGUCCACAACAAAAUGUAG